AAUCACCUUGCCAGCAACUUGGACACCAUUAAUUGGGACAGAUAAGGUACAGAAUUGCUUCUUAAACAUCUAUGGAUAUAGUUUCCGCUGGAGACAUGAUCCUCACACCAGAAUAACAAAGAUCUUGCGCAAUGGCAUCACUCCUGCCUGGAUAGUAAUGGCCUGGACAGUUACACUCGUCGUGCCUGGAGUUUUCAUAUUCACUGCUCAGGCCUUCUAAACUAUAGUUGCUGAAGCCAUUACCUAUCACAUAUACUUGCGGCUUGGCUGCGAGUUCAUGAUAACGAUGGAAACUUGAAACUGCAAUACCAAUGAGAGGAUUGCGAUCGGCAGACUGGGUGACCACGCGAGGCCGGAUCUUUGUGUGGCGAUCGGGGUGGCGUUUGAGCAAGGUGCGAGCUGUUCUUCUUCAACAAGAAAUGACAUUCUAGAUGCCUAUCCCUAGGAAUAAUGCUGCACUGACAAGCAUUGCCAUAGCGUGAGGGACAGCCCAUGCUUCACAAGACUCAGUUCUUUCUGUUCAAGGCGACGCACUAUUGAGAUACACCUACCACGUCCGCUUGGGGACGACCCUUCGGCUUAUAUUACAUAUUCCGAACAUCGAACACACAAUGAGCGCAUCGUCACUCAAACUCCCAACCCAGCUGGGUGACGCGGAGAAUUCGUUCGGCCUUGACAGCUUGACAGACAGAGAAUAACGUCAGCAAAAUUGUGGCCUGGAUCCCAUCCCCAUCCAUCCUCCUCGCUUCCGGACGGAAAGAAAGUACAUUGGCUGGCUCGUACUCGUACCUCGCUUUUGGUGGAUCCAGGUCGGCACAAGCAACAUCCGCCUUUUAGACUCUUGGCAUCACUGUCUCUUUGGCCAAGCGCCGAAGAGACCCCCAGGAUAGCACCCAAGAACGUCCCUAGUGGCUCCCCAACUGGUCCUAGUAACGCCCCUAUAGGCCUUGGCUUUGGGGCUGGGUCAAUUGGUGGGGACACUAGGGACGUUCUUGUGAAAACGAUGCACGAUUUCUAACCGCCGACCUUUAAGCUCCGAUGUCCGAUACUGUGCUGACAGCUGCAUUAUCUCUUUUCUAUUUGGUUGACAUCCCUUACCUUUCUCUGACGUGUUUUCCUUUCUUUCCUUUCAGAGUCGAUUUCGACAUAUCUGUAUCCUGCGCGCGGACAGGUCCCAACGUCGUUGUUGUUGUCGAGAUGUACUACAAGAUCUGCAGGGAGGUGUCGAACCUAUGUCCGGUCUCCGCGACCACCUACGGGUACUAUCCGAACUUCGGGGGUAACGUCUUCUUCACCGCAUUCUUCGGCGCGUUGUUCAUUGCCGGCCUCGCCAUCGGCAUCCGCGGGAAGACAUGGACGUUCGCGCUGGCCCUGGGAAUCGGGUCGGGAUUGGAGAUGUUGGGGUAUGUGGGGAGAGUGAUGAUGCAUAAAAAUCCGUGGGACUCCGCGGGGUUCAAGAUGCAGAUCUGCUGUAUUAUUUUGGGGCCGUCAUUCCUCGCGGCAUGUGUCUACUUGACGAUGAAGCACCUUGUCCUUCACUUCGGACCGGAACACUCGCUCCUCAAGGCUCGCCUCUAUCCAUGGAUCUUCGUCGGCUGUGAUCUGGGAUCGAUUGUUCUCCAGGCCAUUGGUGGCGGCGUCGCAGCGAGUGCGGGUGACACGGGCAACAAGAAGCUGCUGGAUGCCGGCAACGGGUUGAUCGUUGCUGGUAUUUCCUUCCAGGUGGCCACCAUGGUUGUCUGUGGGCUUCUCGCUGCGACGUAUGUUUUCCGAUAUAAGAAGGCGAAGAGGGUCGGGACUCCGACCACAGAGAAGAACGAGUAUAAUGCAGGCGAGAAGCGCAAGCUGAGGAUGUUCUGCAUCGCUAUUUCUAUCGCAUACACCACUAUCUUGACUCGCUGUGUCUAUCGUCUCCCUGAAAUGGCUGGCGGCUGGGGAAACCCACUGAUGCAGAACGAACUCGAGUUUUUGACCCUGGACGGAGCAAUGAUUGCCAUUGCAACCCUAGCUAUGACCGUUUUCCACCCUGCAUUUUACUUGCCAGCUAUGAGCUCGAGGAAGUCUGUCGCAGUCACAGAGAGCCCUCCACAAGCGAGUAAGGAGUUCAGCUAAUUGCAGCCAUUUUUUUACGUAUUUUUAGUGGGGGUUAUAAAGGAUUAUAGAGGGGCGUUUGGAUAUGGAAGUCCAUCUGAAACAAUAUUAAGCAGCCAUUUUAAACAGUAACGUAUUUCACAAGCGAGUCGGACACACAAGCGGGUCGGACACUGAAUUUCUCACCUAAAAUCAAGAAAUUUGCAAGGCAAUAACUCAACAACAGCUUAAUAAUAUAUAUUAAAAGUAUAUUUCCAGCUUUUUAUACUUCGUUAAAUUCCUACCUAAUUAUCUAGGAAUAAUCUAUGCAUUAAUUCUUGAGAUAUUAAGUGUAAGCGCUGAUGUAGGCGCUGAAAUUUAGACUAGGC